AUGAAAAUUGCCUCAUCUCAGAUUCAAAUUCAACAACCUGGGCCUCCCACAACCACCACCACCACCAACUCAUUCUCUAUUGAAUCCAUUGAAGCCUCAAUCCAAAGCCUCACAAGGAGCUGGCAUAGAAGGCAACAAUGGCACAGGUUUUUUUGGUUUGAUAAUAAUAAUUCCACACAAUUUCAAGACCUAGAUUUAGCCCCAUGGAGAACCCACUUGGCCAAUUUUCUAGAGUCCACACCUAUCCAUGCGAUUUCUAUCUCCCUCCUCAUUGUAGAUCUCAUCCUCACCAUCCUUGAACUCUCCUCAUCUUUGCUAACCAAGUGCAACAACUCACCAAACAAGAACAAAAAAACCACACCAGAAAUUUGGUACCAUUGGGUGGGCAUUGCUAUCCUCGCCCUGCUUUCGGCAAAGACGGUGGCUCAAGCCGUGGGGCUUGGCAUGCGUACGUUUCUCCGGAGGCGUCCCGGUUACGUCAUUGACGGCGUCGUUUUGAUGGGUGCGCUGGUUUUAGAAGCUUUUUUCGAGAGGAAGGGAGGGGGGCUGCUUGUUGUGGUGAGUUUGUGGCGUGUUGUUAGGGUUGUAGAGAGUGCUUUUGAGUUGAGUGAUGAGGCCAUUGAAGCGCAGAUUCAAAGUGUUGUUUGCCAGUUUGAGAUGCUCAAGGAAGAGAACAGGAGACUCGCAGAGACCAUUAGUGAGCAGGAUGAAAUUAUCGAGAAGCUCCAGGAAGAUUUAGAUCAAUAUUCUACUCGCCUUAUGAUCAACGGUUAUCAUAAACCGUAA